GUUUAUUAUCCAAUAGUGUUGUUUGUAGUAUUUCGGGAUGUGUUGUGAAUCGUGUAUUCGUGUAUACGUUUCAGUUGUUUAACCAUAUUCGCGAUAGAUUGUUACUUUUACUUCUUGAGAAGAUAAAUUGAGUGAUAAAUUUAAAUUAAACAGUGUAAUUUUUCUUCUUUAUUACUUCAAUUAUUUAACUUAAUUUUACGAACAAUGGCUGAAGUCGUAGAUGAUAUAAUUAAGACCUUAAACGAAACAAAUGGUACGGACACAGAGUCUGUUCUCAAAAAGCUACCAGCCACUACUGAAGGCAUGAUGAUUGCAUACACCAGUUUAGUUGUCAUGGCCUUAGUACCCAUUUUCUUUGGUUCGUUCCGAUCAGUAGAAUUACAGAUUAAAAAUAAAUUGAAAAAAGAAGUACCAGAGUCUAUGACAGAAAAAGAUGCAAUGAUGUUUCCAGUAAUUGCUAGCGGAGCUCUUUUUACGCUCUACAUAGUUUUUAGAGUAUUUUCUAAGGAACACAUAAAUCUAUUAGUGACUCUAUAUUUCUAUGUACUUGGAGUGGCAGCUUUAAAUAAUAUUUUAAGUGCUAAAUUCAGCGCCAUAUUACCAAAAAGUAUACCUAAAACAAAAUACCAAUUGCAGUUUACAGAAAGCUCUAGUGAAAAAAAACAUGAUUGGAUAAAUUUAAAAUUUACAUUACAUGAUGUAUUAUGUUUAAUAGUGUGUACAACAUUAGGAACAUUUUAUUUAUACAGCAAGCAUUGGAUUGUAAACAAUAUAUUUGGAUUGGCAUUUGCUAUAAACGGAAUAGAAUUAUUACACCUCAACACCAUUAAAAUUGGAUGUAUCCUUUUAUGUGGUUUAUUCGUGUAUGAUAUAUUUUGGGUGUUUGGUACCAAUGUUAUGGUUACUGUAGCAAAAUCAUUUGAUGCUCCUAUCAAACUUGUAUUCCCUCAGGAUUUAUUAGAAAAUGGUGUCUUAGCUGCUAAAAAUUUUGCCAUGUUGGGCUUAGGUGAUAUUGUUAUUCCAGGAAUAUUCAUUGCAUUCCUGUUAAGAUUUGAUCAAAGCUUAAAACGUAAGAAAAAUACAUAUUUCAAUGCUACAUUUUUAGCGUAUCUUUUGGGAUUACUUACCACUGUAUUUGUCAUGCAUGUAUAUAAAGCAGCGCAACCAGCUUUAUUAUAUUUGGUACCUGCGUGUUUAAUUACUCCUAUGUUGGUGGCUUUAGUAUGUGGAGAUUUUAAGACUUUAUUCAGUUAUGAAGAUCAUAAAAUGGAACCAGAAAAGACUUCCAAAAAAUUGAAAUAAACUAAAUUUAUUAUAUCAUAAAAAUUGGAUGCUCCAUUUUCAAUUAAAUUUGAUAUUGAAAGAGUAAUAACUUCAAUACAUGACACUUAAAAUCAAAUUUUAUAAGAUCAUUUAUACGAUUCAUUAUAAAUUUCCUGACAAUAUUAUUCAAAAUAUAUAAAUCAUUUGUCAGGACAAUGACAAAUAAACUACAUUUAAAUGUUAAAAUGUACUUAUUCAAUUUACUACUAUUUAAAAUAAUUGAAUUUGGCUGUUCAUUGUAUUAAACUUUCUUCCUAAUUAUAACUUUAUAAAUGUUUUUAUGUGUGUGAUAUACUUUCUAAUUCUAAACAACAUAAAUUCAUAAUUUUUAAUGUGUGAUUGAAAUUCACAUAAUUUACAUAGAUGUUUACAAGCUUAACUUUAUUAGAUCAAUUCUAAUGAAAUGUAUAUUAUUUUUCAUCUGUUUUAAUUAAUUUUUUUGGAAAUAUGUUCUUCCAAUUAAAAAAUAGUUUGAUCUCAAUAUCGUUUUUAAAAUUUUAUUUACAUUUUCUUGGAAUGUUAUUACAAUUUAUAAUAUUCCUAUCUAUUAAUAAAAUCAUAUUUUGUAAAGUUACAUACACGAUACAUCUACAAAUGUGUAUAUAUUAUAUUCUAUAUAUAUCAUACAUUCUAUGUUCAGUUGUUAACUGUAAUUGUUUGAACUGGAGUCUAAUUUAUCUUAAGUUAAAAUCUGUACAAUGAUAAUGGUAAAUAAAAAUAUAUUUGUUUUUUUUAAUCUAUUUGAAAACCUGUUGAAUGUAUUUUGUUCUUUUAUUAUUUAAAAUAAAUAAUUAUUACAAAACA